AAGCGAUCCAGCAGCCACACACGCAAAGUGGAGAUCCUCGCGCGGGCCUGCCGGAUGGAGAAUAAGGAUUCUCUCGCGUCUUGGCCCUCGUCUCUUCAUCAUUGCGAUGGAGUUCACAGUGUAGUUUCCACGACAAAUGGUAAUUCGCCGACCUAUUAUCGUGGUCGCCCGCAGUAACACACGCUCGUUACCUCGUGAUAGGGGCAGGCAGCCCUAGCUCUGUUACGAGGGUGCAGGAGAAGACAGCAUGUAGUAAAUCAGACGUAACUGAUAAAGUCUCUCUGGCGUCAGAAUCAUUCCCUCGUCGUCCAUACACCUGGCGUCUCAGCCAAGGCAAAGCGGCGAAAAUCUGCAGCUGUCUGCGGGCUUGUCACCAAUCCGGUGCAGGAUCCUAGAAUCCGGGCUACUUCAGAAUAGAAGCGAGGGAUCUGGAAUUAGCGCGACUGGCAGAGGACUACCUGUUAGAGUUUCACUUUUGCUCUUACCGAAUGCUGAGAGGGACUUACUUGUCUUCUCCGCGAGACACCAGGCCGAAAAUAGGAAACAGAGAACUUCUGCUUUGACGCGCCGUUGUGGGUGUAGCGGAAGACUUGACAUGACCCGUCAUUUGCGUCAUCUGCUCUAGGAACUCGGUUUCCAGAUUUGUAUCAAGUUGCUGGAUUUGUCGAGACGGGCUCGCCUUUUGCCAUCGUCGGUGUGCACUUCCAUGACAUGAUUCUCUAGCCUGGACGUUCCGAGAGCCCGGCAAUUGUAGAGCGCGGAACGCAGGUUCGUUGAGGUCGUCUCUAUCUCUCUCUCUGGGAGGGAGGAAUUGAAGCUGCGUGGGAGUUCGAGCUUCGCGAAAGAAGAGCGAGUUCCAUCUGCUGAUCAGCUUCAACGCUCUGCAUUUAGUGUGCUCUACAGUGUUUGCGCGGAACGAGAAUGCCUGGCGCUGCAGCUUCAUCCACUGGCCAUUCUUGGCACGAUAAUUAGUGCAGCACUGCAUUUACGAAUUGGCGUAUUUCUCGCGGACGCUUGUGAAUCAGUCUCCUAUUUCUAUCUGCGUACAUCUGUUCAGCUGGGAAUUUCUGCAAAAGUUAUUUCACCCGUAGUGGUGAUGGCAGCUUCUCACUCCAUGAGGCCAUGUCUUGUCAGUUCUCCCGGCACGAAGCUCUCCCCUGAAUUUCAUAUUUCUGUCAUGAGUUCGUUGCACGUCUACCCGAACGGAGUACGUUCGUACCGGGUUUCGUCGAAGAGCUGUGUAGUGAGAGAUCUGGUCGGAACGAAAGUUGUCGAAGCAGGUAGUAAUUAUCACGGAGCAGAGGGUGGAACGCGUAUGAUUAGAGGCCAGUCUCUUCCGUGCUCCUGUGUACUGGGUAGAAAUUUCUCGGGAAAAGCGGAGAUUUACUUUGGAACUGAAAUUUCCUCCUCUUCGUCAAUUUCUGGAGGUCUUGGAAUGAAGUCUGUUUGUGGAGAGGUAUCUGCGUUUACAUUUUAUCCAGCAAGGUAUACGGGCAGAGUUGGUUCACAGCGUACCAGGCUGAGAGCAAAAUUAGGUGGAGAUGGGGACGUGGAUAUCAACGGCGACGUUGUUGCCGAAGACUACUAUUCUGUGCUCGGCUUGACACCGGAUGCUACACCAGAGGAGAUUAAAAAAGCUUACUAUUCAUGCAUGAAAGCAUGCCAUCCAGACCUGAGUGGAAACGAUCCCUCUGUGAACAAUUUUUGCUCCUUCGUUAACGAAAUAUAUGAGGUGCUCAGUGAUCCGGAGCAACGGCUUAUUUACGACGAAAUUAACGGCUACACACUUACUGCUAUCAACCCUUUUAGAGAUAGUUCUGCCGAACGAGACCACGCCUUUGUGGAUGAAUUCACUUGUAUAGGAUGCAAGAAUUGCGCACACACUGCCCCCGACACAUUUGACAUCGAGGAAGAAUUCGGUCGGGCACGGGUCAUAGCGCAAACUGGGAAUCCUGUAAUGAUUGAGAGAGCUAUCCAAACCUGCCCUGUAGACUGUAUAUACUGGACUUCAGCUCAACAACUGACGCUUCUGGAGGACGAAAUGCGAAGAAUGGAGCGUGUGAACGUGGGGUUGAUGCUCUCGGGCAUGGGUUUUCAGUCCCCGGAUGUCUUCACACAAGCAAGCUGGAGAUGGGAAAAACGUCAGGCAAAGGCUGUGGAACGCGCGCGGGUGAGAAUGAUGAAAGAAGGCGGCAAAAGUGGAAAGGAAGCGUGGUGGAAUGUGAAUUGGGGCUCAGGAGCAGAUGAGAAGAGUAGUAAAGCCGCCGCAGAUAAAUAUUCUCGUGAGAGAGCUGCGAAGACAGCAGCAGCAGCUAGGCGCUGGCGGGAAUAUUCGCGCAAAGGGGUGGAUCGUCGUGCAAUUCGUAUACUUGCAGCUGAAUCGGCUGUCAAAGCCCAAGCUGAGGAAGAUAAGGAUAAGGAGAAAGCUAGAGUCAAUUAGAAGAAAGAAACAACCUUUCAUCUCAUGACUCACAUAUACAUAGAAUUCGCUGAAAUGACAACUUCUUAGGAGGAGCCUCGUGUGUAAUUGCCUGUUGUCUCCAGAGGAAGGUGCGGACAAGGAGAGAGCUGGAGUCAAUCAGAAGAAAGAAACAACCUGUCAUCUGAUGACUGACAUAUACGUAGAAUUCGCUGAUUCGAUUCUUCUUGAGAGGAGCCUCAUGUGUAGUUGCUUCUUGUCUCCAGCCAUCGGUUCUCCAGAGUUAGAGAGUCUUACCUCCCACCUCGCGUUUAGAGACAAACGUGGUGCUCCUGCCAAAUGUAAAUACACUGUACUGUUGUGCCCAGGUUUGUCAACAUGGGCUCGACUAUGAAUGGGACUAUUGAUGCAUUGAUAUAAAUCUAUCCCUGUAACAUUAUUUGC